UACAAUAAUCAGUGUGCUGAAAUGGCAGAUAAUAAUAUCAAAAACCUUAAUAAUCCCUUGCUAAGUGCAAAUAUAACUGGUUUUUCAAUAGAGGAUUUUACCCAAAAUCCAGUGUUGUUACCUGUUCCACCAAAACCUGUGCUUGUUCAAAGAGAGCAAUCAGUGACAGCGCAGAAUCUCAACGAAGAACAGUUCAGUGAGAUCAGUUUGGAUUCUGAUAACCAGGAUAACGCUCCUAUAUCGACCCAAGAGGAAACGAAAAGUCCGCUUCUUGAUCUGGACUCGACCAAUGAUUCUCCGAUUCAACCAGCCAGACCAUCUUCUACCAACAGCAAUAGUGCAUUUAGUCAAGUGACAAAUCAAGCCUCGCAACUAAGUGCCCAACUGUCGCAAUUGCCAUCAGUGGCAUCUUCAGUUUUAUCGUCGUUUUCAAACAUUCUUGGAAGGGGCUCAGGCAGUCCUGCCAAUAACCAGCCUAAACAACCAGACGCAUACAAAUCACCACUCGAUAAUUUAGGAGUGGAUUCAGGCAACCAACAAAGCCCCGUGCCUUUGUUAUCAGCUAAUCCAUCAGCAUUAACUGGCAUAGAUCAAAAUAGGCCGCCUAGUACUUCAGGAGUAGUACCACCGCCAGUACCAUUAUUUCCGCCUGGGCAAUGCUCUCAAUCUAACAAUCAGAAACCUCCACCUGUGGGAAAUACUUUUCGCUUAGGGGGAAUCAAAAAGAAAACGUAUGCCCAAAUCCCAGGUUUGAAUACAUCGCACGUGCAACAAUUAGUUGACGCUCCCUUGCAAUCUAAUUCAGUAUUACCAAAUUCCUCGCAGUCACUUCCUACUAAUUUUUUAAAUCCAGAUACGAUACCUUCUAGUUCCGUUCCUUCACCAGGCGCAUUUUCUCAAUCCUCUGAAGUUGCCUCAGUCCAACCUGCUAAUUUUUUUCAACCUUCCCAAUACAUUUCUUCUCCUACUGAUAAUAAUCAACUCGAGGCACUACAAACUUCUCAAAAAUUUCCUGACAUUCCAAAAGUCCAACAAGAACAAGCUAUUACAAACCCGUCAUUUUAUGCACCGCCUAGUUCUACUAAUCAAUCUCAGUCUUUUACUUUAAACACCGGUUUACCUCCGCCACCAAUAUCUAGUAUUCCACAAACUACACCCGUUUCUUCCUUUUUUAAUCCUACACCGCAAUCAACAUAUGCUUCGAAAAUUGUUCCCACACAGACGAUACCUUCACAAUAUGAACCGCCAUUGUCACUAAAUCAGAAUACUUAUAAUAGUUUUUCUUCACCUAUACCGUUUAUUUCAAGUGCAGCUCAUAAAGAAAACAGCCCAAUUCCUUCUAGCAUAUCUCAUUUUCAAUCACCUAAUAACUUGCAGCACACCGAUGCCAGUCAACAACAACUGACUUGCAAUUUACCUAAAUCUAAUUAUCCACAAGCGGGAAGUUAUUCUUCUACAUCUAAUGUAACAGUUUUUAAUCCAGCGUUAGCUGCUAACACAUGUACAACAAGCGAAGUGCCUAAUAUUUCUUCCGCACCUCCAAAUAUCUUACCACCUCCUCCUACAAAAUCUUCUCUAAAUGCGAAAAUAGACAGUAAUUUACCAUCAAAUACUCAAACCUCUAUUCCUGGCCGAAAUCCUUUCAGUAUUCACUCGAUCUCCAAAAAUCGUGCGCCUCCAUCGAUUCCUACAGCGGAUAGUAUUGCAUUUUUCAAUCCCAACCUUGUGAAACAUGAGACAGAAUUAAAGAAUUCACAAAAGGUUUCAAUUAAUACAUCUGAACUGUAUAAUAUUUCGGCACAUAAUGCUCCAAUUGUUGUAUCUGCACGAGAAUAUUGUCCAGGCAGUAAAGUUGAAUCGUCAUCGGUAAGACCUGUUGAAAAUGCCCCUCCAGUGAGUGACGUAGCACCAUUUCUGACAGUGUCUCCUGAAUCAGAGCAAAGCGUUCUACGAUCUUUGGCGCCAGUUAAUACUACCAAACCACCAGUCUCAUCUUUUUUCCCACCAACUUCUAAAGAACAAGUGAUUAAUGCUGUGAAUUUGGUUCAAAAUCCUCCACAAUCGCAAGAUAAUAGCAGAAAAAGUAGCUAUCAAGAAUCUCAAAGUGCUAGUUCAUAUUUUAAUCAAGCUGCGGACAUUAAUAAGUUUAACGAUGUGUCUAACAAAAAUGCAGUAACUUCGAAUAAUCAUGCGGCUCCGACAAUACCUCAAUCCUUCUUCAACAUUGCGAGCAACGUUAAUAGCACUAAUGUAACAAAUCAACAGCCGCAUUAUACAGCUGGUCAACAGCCGCCCGUACCGAAACCUAACAUUACACAGUCGUGCCGAAUUACAUCGGUGCCCCCGAUUAGGACUACCGCUUUCGCUUCGACCAGUUUUGGAAAUAUGGAAAAUACGCCGCCAACCGAAGCACCGGUAUAUGAGCCAGUAACUCAUCACUGGUUUCAUAAAAGAGAAGUUGACAGUAAAGUUAUAUGGACACCUUUUUCACAAAUUGAUUCAGCUGCGCUUGAAAAAGCCUUUCUAUCAGGAAGUAGGAAUGUGACAGUUGCAACAGAUGGAGGUCGUUACGAUGUAAAUGUUACUGAACGAACCAGGUCGCCCGUAUAUUGGCCAGGCGAAGUCACUAACGUGCGAAGGUGCUCGUGGUUCUUUAAAGCUAUCGAUUCCAGAUUUAUGCCCUAUGAAGAGAAUAUUGCUGAUUUACUGGAGGCCGAAUAUCGAAAUUGCACGGAACUCAAUUCAUGGCAUCGUCGAAUUGAACUACCUUACGAUGAAUCCGUAAUGCUACAUGGUCCUACUGUUCUAGUACAUUUUUUGCGAAGUGCAGAACCUCAAGAUACUUGGACAAACGGAGCUCAAACAGCUAACAGACCUCGAAUUGUUAAAAGAGGUGUAUUGGAUUUCGAAUUGGACAAAGGGGAACCAACAAAAGUUGAUCAUCUAUUGUUCCUUGUACAUGGAAUAGGAUCAGUUUGUGAUCUGAAAUUCAGAACUGUUGAAGAAGUCGUUGACGAGUUUCGCGGAAUAUCAUUACAACUGGUACAAUCCCACUAUCGAUCAGCUUGUGAGAGUGGACUUGUAAAUCGAAUAGAAGUUCUUCCUGUCAGUUGGCAUGGCUCGCUUCACUCUUCAGAAACCGGAAUUGAUGAUAAAUUGAAAGCAAUCACUUUAGAAUCUAUUCCAAAACUGAGAGAGUUUACUAAUGGCACUCUACUCGAUGUUCUGUUCUACACCAGCCCUGUAUUUUGUCAGACUAUCAUGCAAACUGUGGGCAACGAGCUAAACAGACUAUAUUCUUUGUUUUUGCAAAGAAAUCCUGGCUAUAAUGGAGGUGUUUCCUUAGGUGGUCAUAGUUUGGGGUCAUUGAUUUUGUUUGAUCUCUUAUGUCACCAAACUCCGCCAGAAGAAUCUGUGAAAGAAAAUCAUAGUACUGAUUCUGAAAUGGAAUCACAUGAAGAUGAUAAGGUUGCGCCUUUAAAUGAAAGGAAACCUUUAAAGAGAGCACUUUCUAAGCGAAUUAACUAUGUUAUUGGCCAUGCAGGAACAGGGCAACCCUUCAUAAAAUAUCCACAAUUAUCUUUUCAUCCUAAUACAUUUUUUGCUCUUGGAUCACCUUUAGGUAUGUUUGUAACAAUCAGAGGUAUUGACACUCUUGGCCUUGACUUUUCGCUUCCCACAUGCCCUGGAUUUUUCAACAUUUUUCAUCCAUAUGAUCCUGUGGCUUAUCGAGUUGAAGCUCUAAUAAAUCCUUCAUUGAAAAAUGUACGACCUGUAUUGAUUCCACAUCAUAAAGGCAGAAAAAGAAUGCACUUAGAAUUGAAAGAAACUAUGUCUAGAGUUGGUGCUGAUUUAAAGAAUCGGCUGAUGGAUUCUGUUAAAAAUACAUGGAAUUCGGUGUAUCAGAUAGCAAUGUUCAAGGGCACACAGACCUUAGAUGAUGUAGUAGAUAAAGCUUUGAGGCAAGAAUUGCAAAUGAAAUAUUCUUCUACUUCAUCUUUGGACUCUGAUGGCGAAAACAAGGCUGACGAAAACUUAGACGAAACGAGCUUACCUCUUGGAAAGCUGAAUCAAGGUCGAAGAGUAGAUUAUGUACUCCAAGAGGCUCCACUGGAAUUUUUCAAUGAGUAUAUAUUUGCGCUCACAAGCCAUGUGUGUUACUGGGAAUCGGAAGACACUAUGUUAAUAAUCAUUAAAGAAAUUUAUUCCUCUUUGGGAGCAACUACAGAUAGUCAGAUUCCGCAGCAAACAAUGACCAUUGAAAGGCCAGUAUACGUACAAAAUGAUGUUGUUCAGCAACAAAACCCAGUGGAAUCAUGUUCCACAAGUUUUAGUCCAAGGCAAGAAAUGUCUAGCGCAGGAUUCAGUAAAUAAAAACUGAUAAUUGUUUUUAUUAAUAAAUAUAUUUAAAUGUACAUACCGAAAUUUUACAUUACUGUUAAU